UACGCCAAGUGCACCAAACAUGAGAUCCAGAGCGCCGUGAAGGUGGUGUUGUCCUGGACCAUCUCCAUCAACUGCAUCACGGCGGCUCUGGGCGCGCUCUCCCUCUACAACAUGAGCACCGGGGACAAGUUCAGCCGAGGCAAGUCUGCGCGCUGCGGGCUGGUCUUCUCCGUGGGCAAGUUCUUCAGGUGGAUGGUGGACAGCCGGGUGGCGCUGAGGAUCCACGAGCACGCCGCCAUCUACCUGACCGCCUGCAUGGAGAGUCUGUUUAGGGAGGUGCUGGGCCGCGUCCUGCGCAGCGCGCUGGUGGAGAGGGACAACGGCAUCCCCAAGUUGACGGUGGAGACCCUGGAGCAAGCCAUCAACGGUGACUCGGAGAUGUGGGGUCUGCUGCAGCCCUACCAACACCUCAUCUGCGGCAAGAACUCCAGCGGUG